AUGGCAGUGAACUACAGCGCGAAGGAGGAGGCGGACGGGCACCCCUCGGGCGGCGUCGGGAUGCCGGGCGGCGGGGCCGUGGGCGGCGGCAGCGGCGGGGCCGUGAAGACCCGCAAGCCCGAUAACACGGCUUUCAAGCAGCAGCGGCUGCCGGCCUGGCAGCCCAUCUUGACGGCGGGCACGGUGCUGCCGGCCUUCUUCAUCAUCGGCCUCAUCUUCAUCCCCAUCGGCAUCGGCAUCUUCGUCACUUCCAACAACAUCCGCGAGUACGAGAUUGACUACACAGGAACAGAGCCUUCUAGUCCCUGCAACAAAUGUUUAAAUGUGUCCUGGGACAGCACACCACCUUGUACUUGCACCAUCAAUUUCACACUAGAACAUUCAUUUGAGAGCAAUGUAUUCAUGUAUUAUGGACUUUCCAACUUCUAUCAAAACCAUCGUCGUUACGUGAAAUCUCGAGAUGACAGCCAGCUAAAUGGAGAUAACAGUUCACUACUUAAUCCAAGUAAGGAAUGUGAGCCUUACCGCACAAAUGAGGACAAACCCAUUGCUCCUUGUGGAGCUAUUGCCAACAGUAUGUUUAAUGAUACAUUGGAAUUAUACCGCAUUGAUAAUGACACAAGGAUUCCUAUUACUUUGAUUAAAAAAGGCAUUGCAUGGUGGACGGAUAAAAAUGUGAAGUUCAGGAAUCCUACAGGAGAUGGAAAUAACUUAACUGCGCUUUUCCAAGGCACAACAAAACCUGUAAACUGGCCCAAGCCAGUGUAUAUGCUGGACUCAGAGCCUGACAAUAAUGGCUUUAUCAAUGAAGACUUCAUUGUGUGGAUGCGUACUGCUGCUCUGCCAACAUUUCGCAAGCUGUAUCGUCUCAUUGAAAGGAAGAAUAAUUUACAGCCUACCUUGCAAGCUGGAAAAUAUUCUUUGGAUAUUGCAUACAAUUAUCCUGUACACAGUUUUGAUGGACGAAAAAGAAUGAUCCUAAGCACCAUCUCGUGGAUGGGAGGCAAAAAUCCUUUUCUGGGAAUUGCUUACAUCACUGUUGGGUCCAUAUGCUUCUUCUUAGGAGUUGUAUUGCUGAUCAUCCAUCACAAAUACGGAAAUCGAAACACUAGUGCAGACAUUCCCAAUUAGUCUUGCAUUCUGAAAACAAAUGUACUGCAUGUGCAUCAAGGCCAGUCCGGAACGGACCCAGUUUUUGAAAGAUAAAUCUCUGCUUCUGUCACUUCUGAGACUGGGUACAUAAUUUUUAUCUAAUGCUCCCCUUUCCCAUACUGUGGAUUAACUCUUGGAAAUGACGGGUAUACAAUUAGCUAUAUUGAUUGUAUCUCUGCCUAAUACAGACACAAUUUUUCUGGUAUUUGCCUCUAACUGGGCAGGCCACACGAUGCAUAUAGCUCCUGUUCCCUUGAUGCAUCUGCUGCUUGUUCAUGUGCUGUGUAAUGUUGGUAUGAUUCAGUACAUAUAGAUUGUGUGGAGAAAGACUGUUAUACUGUAAAUUGUUAACUUUCUGGAAUUCAGGUGUCAGU